AUGUCGGGGUCCAAGAUCUUCUCCAUCGAGGGCCAGGGCCUCAAACUCACCACCGCCGAGGACAUUGCGCCACAUAUUCAGGCACUGCAGAGCAACGAUGCAGUCGAAGAAAUCAGGUUCCUGGGAAAUACCCUGGGUAUUGGCGCCAGCGAGGCGUUGGCCAAGGUGCUGCAGAGCAAGACGAAUCUACAGGUAUGUCUCCCCUUCACCCCACCUUCCUUUGGGAUGACCAUGAAGACUGACCCCGCAGCAAAGGUUGCCAAUCUCGCCGACAUCUUCACGUCCCGUCUACUCUCAGAGAUUCCUCCCGCGCUAUCGCACCUGCUGACCGCACUCCUCGCCCUGCCAAACCUUCACACCGUCGACCUCUCGGACAACGCCUUUGGUCUCAACACCGUAGCCCCGCUCGUUGAUUUCCUCUCCCAACACACACCCCUCCGCUACCUCUAUCUCAACAACAACGGUCUUGGACCUGCCGCCGGUGUCCUCGUCGCAGAUGCGCUUACUGCCCUGGCUGCAAAGAAAGAAGCAGCACGCAAAGCAGGCAAGGAUGUACCCGACCUUGAGCUCGUCAUUUGUGGUCGCAAUCGCCUCGAGAACGGCAGCAUGGCAGCCUGGGCCAAGGCAUACGCAGCGAACACGGGUAUAAAGACGAUCAAGAUGACACAGAACGGUAUUCGUCAAGAGGGCAUAUCACACCUCAUCACAAACGGGAUUGCGCAUCUCACCAAGCUAGACACGUUGGACCUGCAGGACAACACCUUCACAGCCAUGGGCGCAAAAGCCCUAAGUAGUGCCGUCGGAAACUGGACCGAGCUCCGCGAACUGGGCGUCGGCGACUGCCUACUCAGCGGGCGUGGCGCCGUCGCUCUCGCCGCAGCCCUAGACAAGGGCAAGAACAAGAAGAUUCAAGUUCUCCGCCUCCAAUUCAAUGACAUUGACGCAAAAGGCCUCGCCGGCCUCGCCACCGCAUCCUCCAGCUCUCUCCCCGCGCUCCGCCGCGUCGAACUCAACGGCAACAAAUUCGACGAGGAGGACCCCAGCAUCUCCAAGCUGCGCGAUGUGCUUGAUGCGCGAAAGGAGGAGUCAGGCGACCACGAAGAUGACGACGAGUACUGGGGUCUCGAUGAGCUCGACGAGUUGGAAUCUGGGGAUGAAGAUGAGGAAGACAGUGAGGAGGAGGAGAAGCGAGGAGAUGACGAUAAUGACGAGGUCGGUGUCGAAGUCGAGGAACGGGCGGCGAGGCAGCUUACGGACGAUACCCGGGCGGAGGAGAGUAAUGUGCCCCAGGAUAAGGAUGGUAAGGUGGAUGACUUGGCGGAUUUGUUGAAGAAGACGGAUAUCAAGUAG